UGUUAUCAGUCUACAAAAGGAAAGUUUACGUUCAGUUCGUAGCUGCUGCUUCGCAUAUUACGUUAAAGUUCAAAGUGCCAUAUGAUGUCUUUAAUUGAAUUUUUAUUCAUUUUACUGAUUGCUUACUAUGUUGGCUAUGUAUUACUCUGGAUAAUACUCGAUUGUAAUGUGGCCUUAUGGUACAAAUCUCGUUUCGGAAACUCGAUAUCGACAAUGCGUGGACAGGUGGUUUGGAUAACUGGUGCCUCAAGCGGCAUUGGACGCGCCCUGGCGAUUAGUUUGGCCCGCCAUGGCGUGCGUCUGGUGCUUAGUGCACGCCGCCUUGAACAGCUGGAGCAAGUGAAAGUCGAAUGCUUGGCAGCAGCGCGUGGCCUAUUGGCUCAGAAGGACGUGCUGGUCGUUCAAAUGGAUAUGUUGCAACUGGACAAACAUCAAGCGCAUCUAAACACUGUUCUCAAUCAUUUCGAGCGACUCGAUGUGUUGGUUAACAAUGCGGGUCGCUCGCAGCGCGCCAACUGGGCAGACAUUGAGAUUCAAGUGGAUCGCGAACUCUUCGAGCUGGAUGUCUUUUCUGUGGUGCAUCUCUCUCGCUUGGUUGUGCGCUACUUUAUGGAGCAGAACGGCGGAAGAGGCCAUAUUGCAGCCACUUCGAGCAUAGCUGGCUUUAGUCCGGUGCCCUUCUCGGCAAGCUACUGCGCCGCCAAGCAUGCCCUCAAUGCCUAUUUGUAUUCACUGAAGGUGGAACUGCGCAAAUUGCAUGUAACCAUUUUUGCACCUGGUCCCAUUGCCACAGACUUCUUGAUGGAAGCAUUCACGGACACCAAAGGCGUCAAGGUGGGCGCGAGCACAGCCAAUCAGAAGCGACUAACAGCGGAACGUUGUGGAGAUCUCUUCGCGGUUGCCAUAGCCAACAAAAUGGAUCUCACUUGGUGUGGUUUGUUCCCGGUUAAUGCGAUGGCGUAUUGUGCUCGUAAUGCAACGCUCACCAAGAUCUUAGGCCACUUCAUGACCGAGAAGACCUUAAACAAAAUCCGCGAGGGCAAACUAUAAGACCUCACACAGAUCAUAUUUUGAUAAGAUAACUUUACUUAUACUACAAAGAAUCAAAUGUAAAUAAGAUAAAGUUUAUUUUGCUC